AUGAUAAUUUUUAUUAAAAGAAGAGAUAACUCAACCCUUGAACUUACUGUAGAUUCUAAGCUUCCAAUUUGGGAUUUUAAGAAUAUGAUAUCUAUUUAUACUAAGGUACCUCCAGAAGACCAAAUUUUAACAUUUACACUGAACAGUUCUGACAUUGUCUUAGAAGAUGACUAUAAUCUAGAAUUUUAUGGAGUUUUUGAUAACUCAUGUAUUGUUCUUAACCGUGUCAAUGAGCAUUCUUACAGUGCUGAAAUCAAAUAUCAAUCAGAUAUUACCAAUACUCUAGAAAACAUCAGAAGACAUACAAUUGAUGCUUGUUGGAAAAACGACCCAUUUGACCUGUUUUUCGAAUUAUGUGCUAAAGGAGACUGCGAUGCAAUUGCAAGAGAGCUUGAAAUAAAUGAAAGGCUCAUCACCAUUUAUUCAAGUGAAGGCUGAAAUGCUUUGCAUUAUGCAGCGUUUCACGGGAACCAUAUAUUGGUUGAUUUUCUUUUUGAUUAUCCUAUCGAUCCAAACCAGCUUACAAAAGACAAAAAAUGAAGCGCCUUGCACUUAAGCUGCAUUCAAGGGCAUUAUAAAUGUACUGAAGCAUUAUUAAAGCACCAAGAAAUUUAUAUUGACAUUUUAACUGAAUAUGCAGGGACACCUCUACAUUGUGCAUGCUUAAGCAAUUCAAUUGAAAAUGUUAAAUUAUUGUUGUCAGCAAAGGCUAAUUAUGAAAUUGAAAAUAAAGAUGGAAGGAUUGCUAUUGAGUUUGCUUUUGAUGCAGGCAUAAAAGAUUUAUUGAAUAAAUAUAUGGGGAAUAAUGAUGAACUGUCAGAUAUAUUUGAAAGUCCGCUUUAUAUUCCUCACUUAUUUGGAGAUAGACAUGUAUGGGGGGUUCUAAAACACUCAGAAGGGGUUUUCCAAAUAUUCAGAAGCAGAGAAGAUUAUCAAAGCCAAAGGCAGAAUUUAAAAUCGUAUAAUUUAAGAGAAAUAAGAGAGGCAAGAAGAUGCAAAAAUCGGUUUUAUCAUAGUGAUCAGUAUUUUUACUUCCAUAUAAUGACGAAUAAAAAGAGCACGGAUAUAUAUUACUGUAAAGAAGAAGAACUUGCUAAUCGAUGAGUCAGAUCGAUCUUUGCGUCACUUCUUUUAAGAAAAAGCCGCUCUCAUUCUUUUUCUGCUAAAAAAGCAAUUUUAGAAGAGUUUCCUGUGUCUUCACCUGAUAUUGGGUAUUUUUCUUUUGAAGUUGAUAAGCAGAUUGGCAUUGGAUCAUUUGGACAGGUUUAUUUAGUAAAAGAAAAAAGCACAGAAAAUAUUUAUGCCUUAAAAUCUCUUUCAAAAGAAAAGAUUAUUAAGCAAAAUGUGAUGAAACAUAUUGUUAAUGAAGCAAAAAUAAUGCAUAAGAUAUCAUUCCCAUUUAUUGUGAAAUUAAUUCACUCAUUUCAUUCUCCAAGGACUUUAUAUCUUGUACUUGAGUAUUGUCAAAAUGGAUCUUUAAGCUCUUUAUUAAAAAAGCUGGACAGGCUUCCUUUGAAUUUCGCAAAAAUUUAUUCAGCUGAGCUUGUAGUAACAAUUGAAUAUCUUCAUAGCUUAAAUAUUAUUUAUAGAGACUUGAAGCCUGAAAACAUAUUAAUUGAUUCAGAUUGGCAUAUAAAACUUGCUGAUUUUGGGUUAGCAACUGAAGUUACUCCUGAAAAGCCAUUAUCAAAGUCAUUUUGUGGGUCUCCAGCUUAUCUUUCUCCUGAAAUGCUCUCAAACCAUGGUGUUGGCAAAUCAGCAGAUAUUUAUGGGAUUGGAUGUAUAAUAUAUGAACUUCUAGCAGGCUAUUCGCCUUAUUAUUCUGAUAAGUUGCCUGAACUGAUUCAAAGGAUUCAAAGUUCGAAAUUAAAGUUUCCUUAUUAUGUUGAUAAGAUAGCUAAGAAUCUUAUCAAAAAAUUGUUAAUUAGAGAUCCUGGCCAAAGGCCGAGCUUUGCAGAAAUCAAAAGUCAUGCAUUUUUUGAAGGAAUUGAUUGGGAUUCUUUAGCACUAGGGCAAUUGCCAGAAUUUGAUCCAGAAAACCUACAAAUUAACUAA